CAAACAUGUUACAUUAAAUUAUUUGAAGUCCACCAACACCACUUGCUAAUUUUUAUCAACUGUCUCCACCUGUUACUAUAACUAAACAAAACAGAUUUAAACCUAAAGAAAAAAAAGGGAGACAAAUACUUUUCUAAAGUAGAUUUUGCCUCUUUAUAAAAAGCAAUCAAACAUAGUGGUAUCAACUUCUUGAAUAAGAAUUCAUACUUGCUGAUCCUUGGAUGACUCAUUCUUUGUAAAAGUUUCAAGAUUCUUUCACCAACUUGCAUUGCUUCACUUCUUUGCUAUAUUAUAUAUAUCCAUGGUUGUAACGCGCUUCAUUCCCUCCACUAAUCAUCACAUAAAACUUGCUACACCCAUUCUCAAGUUUCAACCCAUAGAGACUCAUACAAAAAAACAAACAAGGUAAAAAAAAAAAAAAAUGGAUGUUGCUAAUGCAUUUCAGUCCGCAAAAUGUACACUUGAGGAUCAUGUCCUCAGACAUCAGCACAAGCCUAUGAAACUAUUGACUGCACCCUCUAGCCAUAAUGUAGAUGGGUUAAACUCUAAAAUUAUGAAGAAGGGUAAAAAGGAAUCAGUAAUCAGUGCAAUGAACAAGCUUGCAAAAGAGAAGCUGAGUUUGGGAGGAAAGAUUCUAAGUAUAGGCAGAGUGGGAAAAGAAUUCAGACAAAUGUUCAACCUGAAUGAAGGUGAACAGCUUCUGAAGGCUUCUCAAUGCUCAUUGUUCACCACAGCAGGACAGCUUACAGGCCGCCUUUUCGUAUCCACUGACAAGAUAGCUUUUUGCAGCGACAAAGCCAUUGCAAAGUAUUCUUCUCCUUCAGGGGAAACUCUAAGAUACCAUUACAAGGUUGUGAUCCCUUUAAGUAAGAUCAAGAAAGCCAACCAAAUUGAGGACAUGAAAAAGGCAUCGAAAAAGUACCUACAAGUAGUAACUGAUGAUGAAUUCGAGUUCUGGUUCGUGGGAUUCCUAAAUUACAAAAAGACAUUCAGAAUCCUGCAGCAGACACUCUCUUGUGAGCCUUUGUUACACAAGAUUAAGUGAAUGUUUUACUUUAGAAAACCAGGAAAAUGAAGUGUUUUCCCAACGCAAUUAGGCCUUGUAUAGAGAUAGAUACACAUGACAAUGCAAGUACAUAGAUAGCCAGCUCUGACCUGUAAAUACAUUGGUUGGGACUAUACUCGACGAUAGAGAGAAGGGAUAUGUAGGGAAAGUACAGGCUUUCAGCCAGAUGAAUGUGUACAUGAAAUACGCUCUUCUAAUGGCUAUAUGUGUAUUUUUAAGAUGCUAGAGUGUAAACACAACAUGGAUUUUAUUAUCUACUUCCUUCUGUUGUAUAAGUGUAUAAAUCAAAACGGCUUUUGGCAUUUUUCAAAAAUAACG